AUGCUAAGCUCCCCCCUCCAGCUCUGCUCUCCCGCCGGUUCCAGCCCGAGUCACCGUGCCUUUCUCUCGGGCCCCUCUCCUCCCCCGCACGCCCUCGCGUUCGUGCCGGCGAGACUCGUGUCUCUCUCCACCUCGCCGUGCUCGUCUCUCGCUGCCGCUGCCUCUCUGGCGACGGUUCCCAUGCUUCUCCCCUUCCUUGCUGCCGACGAUCCCCGGGCGAGCGCCUGUCUCCGCCGCCUUCUCUUCCCCGCUGCAUCCGGACGAGAGGCGAGCGGAAUCCGCCGCUCACCCUCCUCUCCCAUUGCGCUUGCGGGCCAGACGUCCGUGCCUCCCCGCCGCGCCCCUCUUGCCGCUGGCCGCGCCUCUCUGAUGAGCUGGGCCCCUCCUCGCGUCCUUCUUCCCGCCGCUAGUGGUGGCUGGCUGCGCGUGGCUCGCCCUCCCAUCCUCCCUUGUGCAUCAGCUGCCUGUCCGGCGAUCGUGCGCCGUCUUCGCCCCAGCCCCCUUGUGCCUGGCGCCAGUCGACGCCGGCAUGCACGCCCCAGUCCCGCCGCUCCUGCUGACGCGACCUCUCCGCGUAAUGCUCCUCCUGGUGGCUUGCGUCGCGGCCGCGUGAUUCCGACCGUCCCGACCGCGAUCCUUCCGCCCCUGCCUGGCUUGCGCCCCCGGCAACGUCCGCCUCUUCAGGCUCGGCGCUUCCGAUCCCAGCCGCGGGUUCCUCGCCGUCAUCUUCUCCGUUGGCGUCUUCGACCGCCCGUUCCAGGUUCGCUGCGUCCUCCUCUGCCUCUUCCUCGCCGGACGUCUCCCACGCUUCUUCCUUUUCUGCGGCCUCCCCUCCUUGGUUGGCGUCGAAUCGCUCGACGCCCUGCCGACGGCCCCUCUCAUCACGGCGGCGCCCGCGCUCUUCCGGCGAGCGGAACACUCCCACAGCGCGUCAGUCUCCGCUCCCGUAUCCAUCUCCGCGAUCAUGCCCUCUUCGCCACACGUCUCCGUCCGCGCUUGCGGCGUAUCCUUCUCCACCCGCUGCCACGCUAG